AUGGUACCCUCAUGGCUUCCUUCGAUUUUACGACCUGACUGUGUGUGGAAACCUCGAAGAAAUCUCACCCCAUCAAGCACGAUACCACCAACACCAUCGCCUAACCCGCAAUUUGUCCAGCGAUUCUGGGGACACAUACAUACGUAUCUAAGAAACUUUUCACAACAUUAUUGCCGAUGGUUGGGCGUCCAAUUUGAUAACCAAAUCAUCCCACUGCCUUUUGGGCUUCUUCUGAAAUGGUCCGAUGGCACGCGGCUCGAGGAAGUCCUCACGACCAAAGUCUGUUACGCCGCCGGUUUACCAACACCUUACAUUAUUUCCUACGGCUCACAUCCUGAUACGCCACAUGCUCCGAUUUCGAUCCUAAUGACUAGACUGCCAGGCCGUGAAUUGGGGCAGAUUUACGAAUCAUUGAGUUCCGAGGCAAAGGCAACCGCACUUUCGGAGUUCAAAUUCUACAUAUCCAGUAUUAGAAAAUGGAAAAGUCCGUGGGGCCCAUCACGGAUAUGUAGCCUUACUGAAGGUCCAAUUCGAAGUAUACGGGUUCCGAACCACAUAGUUGGCCCUUGCGAAACUUCUCAAGACUUCCACGAUCAUCUCCUCUCCCCUGCAUACAACUCUUUCGGGUCAGAAGAAGUAUUUAAUUCUAAACUUCAACUCGCCAAAAAGCUCCAGACCUUACAAGCUAAACGUCCUGGUAUAAAAUUUACCCAUGGUGAUAUCAAACAUCAUAAUUUCCUGGUUGAUGACAUUGGUCAUAUCACGGGGAUUUUGGAUUGGGAGGCUGCGAGAUGGUAUCCCGUCUUUUGGGAAUGGACGACGGCCAUGAGAUUCGUGCCCCAGGACUUUUGGUGGUUCGACUUUUUGAUUGAGAGCGGGGCUGGCGAAUAUAGAGAGGAGUCAGAGUGUGAGAGGGCAUUGACGAGUUUGACUGUAGAUUCUUAUUCUUGGUAA